AUGUCGUCUGCCCAAAUCGCGCCGGCUGAUCAUGUGUGCUAUGUGCACUGCAACUUCUGCAACACAGUUCUCGCGGUGAGUAUCCCGGGGAAUAGCAUGCUCAACAUCGUGACAGUUCGGUGUGGACACUGCACAAAUCUACUGUCAGUGAACCUGAGAGCACUGAUGCACUCACUCCCAGAACAAGAUCAGCUCCAGGAGAACAUCAAGGUCCAUGGCAUCAAUGGCACCUUGCAUGAUCAGUGCGGCCAUUUGGAGCUCGGUUCUUCAUCCUCAAAGUUCCGACUUCCAAUGAUGUACUCGCCGCAAAACGAGCACCUGCUGCAGGAACAAACACUGAAUAAUGCUCGUCCUCCAGAGAAGAGGCAACGGGUUCCAUCGGCGUAUAACAGAUUCAUCAAGGAAGAGAUACGCAGGAUCAAGGCGAACAACCCCGACAUUAGCCAUAGGGAAGCCUUCAGCACAGCAGCCAAGAAUUGGGCACAUUAUCCAAAUAUCCAUUUUGGUUUAAACUCUGGAAGAGAGGGUGGCAAGAAGCUAGUGGAUGAGGCUGUCGCAGCAGCACCGGCUCCGAAGAAGAUCCAAGGUUUCUACUGA